AUUGUGAAAUUUGAAAAAGUGCCACCACCACCGCCGUUUCGGAGCAGCUCUCGGAGCCGCGCUACGGCGCAGUCAUCGCGCAGUAUUCCAAAACCCGGCGCAGUCAGGAGUGAGCUCAUGGAGACUUUAUAAACAGCUUUUCCUGGUGGCAUGAAAAUCAGCCCCUAUUCUAUCCGUUGCGCCGCCUGCGUACACGCCCUCCACACGCGCCCCAUCCUACUCUUACGCGUUGCGAGACAACGAACGCCUCGUGGCCCAGUCCCCGCGACACAAGGCCCGUCCUGCCGGUUCCUUCGUCAAGAAAUCGGCCCGCGACACGGUCGCUCUGAGCGAGCAAGAUCCUGGUGCAGCCGUUCCGACGUACGGACGCGAGGGCACCGUUGCGGGCUUUGUUGAACUGCAAGACAGGGAGCUGGUGACUGCUGUCGUUCUCCAGAUCCAGGGCAAGGUGACGGUCGGCGAUGCUGACGCCAUUGCGAUCGAACACGAACACGUCUUUCUUGAGCACUCCGUCGAUCUCUGGACUACGCAGACGGCGAGCACUGGGUCUUCGCCCCCCAGCCAACUCGCAUUCGCAUGCACUCUGCCCGCUACUUUCAUGGUCAACGACACCAAGCGACUGCUCCCUCCGUCGUACACCUCUCUCCACACCUCCAUCGUCUACACGCUCUCGGUGACCGUCACCCGUGCCCGAGCGCGCAAGUUCUUCCUCUGCACACCCAAGAACAAUAUCGCGAUUCGCUUCGACUACCGGCCGCGCACUCGCGCAGGAGCAGCCAUCUGCCCGUCCGCUCCUGGCUCAUUCCUGCAGGACCUCAAGGCGAUGCCGGACGAAUGGCGCCAGCACACGCACCACGUCCCAGCGCGGCCCAAGUCCGGCGUGGCUCCGCUCAAUCUGCAGAUGUACGUCCCUGCGAUGGGCGUCUUCGCGCUAGACGAGCGGAUUCCGUUCCAUCUGCAACUUAGCGGGCCGGCUGGGUCCCUGCGCGAGUUCUACUGUGCCGACGCGCGCAAAGAGCGGUUGCUUGUCGAGGUGACGGUCGUCCGACAGACAUUGGUGACGAUCAAGUCCAUGCCGAUGUUCCAAUCCCGGUCUGUGAUCGGCCGCGCUGAUCUGAUGACUCUGCCUCCUGGUGCUUGUGACACCGACCGGGUGUCGGACUGUGCAAGUCUUGACUGGUCUGGCGAUCUGCGGGUGAAGUCAGGAGGGCAUUCGGGCUCGUUCGAUGCUGGCAUUGUGAAGGUGCAGGAUUUCCUGGUCGUUGAUAUCAUCCCCGUCGCUGGACCAAAGGCGCAUUUCGAUCGAAUCCGCCACUCGUAUCCCAUCCGACUCGCCACCAAUCCAUAAGACACGUAGGAUCGUUCUCCGCCACCACUUCUCAGAUCUCGUGCAAGAAAGGAAAACUUGAAUUGUCCAUUCGCGCAAGUACUUUGCCCGAUCGAAUUACUACCAUGCGCGUCGAGCCAUGCGCGUCGAGAACACAGCUUGGCCGCAAUGUAGCGCUCACCCGAGACGCAUUCGGAAACAGUGCUGCCGCUGGCAGGUGUCCGUCAUUUGUGGCCAGAUUGAGUUUUGUGUAUAAUUAGAUGCUGGUCUGCAGUCUCCAUUUGGAACAGCCUUACGACAUCCUAUAUCACUGCUCACUCUCAUUACUAUUAAUGUUUAUCUUACACUGGAAGCGGCCCAGAUUAUUUCGAUUUCUAUUCUUCCCUGCCCGAGGAUUUGAUCUAGCUGGAUGCCUGAUGCUCGAAUCCACCUCUCGGCGACUGGCUCAGGCUUUUUCACUAUAGCGCACUGCAGGCCUCAAAACACAUCGGAAGAUUUCCACGCAGGCUUUUCACCUAUUCGUAUCUUCCCAGAUAUACGUUUUUCGACUCAGACAGACCUUCCGUAGUCGCAAUUUCGCUGCAUCCCUCAUUUGUCGAAGGACCCGCCGGGCCGCUCUAGGCCGCUCAGCAACGGGCUGAUUUCCCGGUAUCCCCAAUCCAAGCGCUUUGCACCCUGGUUGAAUGUCAGUCAAGAAGCCAGAAACACAAAAUCAUCAUGUUCGACCGUCCUUGCAGGGAUGGCAUUGGAGUCUAGCGCCGUUGCGUGAAGUAUCACAGGAUUUCUGAUUCCACCACGAAUGUCGAAAAUGGUCCAUCGGACGCACUGGGGCAACCAUGAAAUUACCCCAGAAGACGUUUACUUGAAUUCUCGAAGGUGGGGUCAGUGUCAAGGUUGCGGAUGUGAGUGCCAUUCUUGCACAUGUGGGGACUCGGCACUACUGCUCAGUUCCCUGUCGCUCUCACUCUCGCCCUCGUGCAGCCAUUAUGCCAGACACUCGCACCGAGUGGGCCCUGUGUUAAAUCUAACUAUGCGAUGGCUUCGAAGAUUGUCCAGCCGGUUUCCGUCCACAACGUCAGCGGCUAAGUAGUGGGAGCGAACGGCAUCGUUGUUCCGAGUCGCAGGGAAAGUUCCAGAGCAGGGGUUCUUAUGUCGUUC